CAUAAUCAGCCAGUGAGAAACUGAAGAGCCUGAUAGGAAAAUAAUAAACAUUAAUAACCACUUUGCAUGAAGCUUAUAAAGGUGAGGUACUGUAAAAGGUUAGCGUAUAAUCUACAACUGCAUAUCAACGGUCACAGACUAAAAGAGAGAAGCAGAAAGAAACAGACGAUGAUGGAGAAAGUUCUUCUCAGCAUCACAGCUGCAUCAGUGCUGUGUGCCGUCUCAUCAUACGCUCAACGUCAGUACCACUUUGUUUAUGAGCCAAAGACCAUGACUGAAGCGCAGAGUUACUGCAGAGACAAUUACACUGACCUGGCCACGAUAGACAACAUGGAGGAUGUGACGAUCCUGAACAACACGGCAGAUUUAAGCAAAAUGGUCUACCCGGAAUACAGCAAUCGAGCCUGGAUAGGACUGUACAAUGACGUGAACAGCUGGAGGUGGUCGCUGUCAGACAGACAUUUCUACAAACCCGGGGAGGCUGAGUUCAGAAAAUGGUCCCCUGGGGAACCAAACAACCAACACAGUGCAGAAUACUGCGCACAGAUGUAUGAUGGUGGACAAUGGAACGAUGAGAAUUGUACCAAUUCCUUUUGUGCAGUCUGCUCUGAUGUCAGAGGGUCAAAUGUGACAUUUGUCCUCAUCAACACUAUCAUGACAUGGACUGAAGCCCAGAGCCACUGCAGAGAGCACUACAUAGACCUGGCCAGUUUGAGAAAUGAAGAAGAGAACCAGAAGGUGAAGGAUCUGAUACCUGCAGGACAAAAAGUCUGGAUCGGCCUCUUCAGAGACUCCUGGAAGUGGUCUGAUGGAAGCAACUCCUCCUUUAGGAACUGGUCUCCAUCGGAACCUAAUGGCGGCAAUGAGUAUUGUGUGGCAGCAGACUUUGGCCGUUCUGGACAAUGGGAGGACUGGACCUGUGAUGUGAAGAAAGCAUUUGUUUGCUACAAAGCAGGAGAAGAUGUCGAGGCAGGACACCCACAGGACAACGCCACCAUCCCUGCAACAUCCCUGCAGCCAUGGCCCACAACUCAGACUCCAGAUUUUCCUUCAAGACAAGAAAGCACAAAAACUCCGGAGAAGAAGCCAACGCCUGUUUCAAAGUACGUGGUGCGAGUGAGUCUGAAGAAGAACUCCGCUCUGGAUCUGAAUGACCCUGCUGUGAUGGAGAACAUCUUGAAGCAGCUCAAACAGAGGCUAAAGCAGAAGGGGGUGAAUGGAGACGUCAAACUGAGCUGGAGGAAGCAGUCCGAUGGAAAAGUCUUCCACAAGGUCGAGAAGAAGACAAAGAAAGAUGAGUUUUAAUGUUGUGUAGAAGUUGGUCCGUCUAUUUCCAUGAAAGAUUUUUUCCUUUAUCCUUUAAAAGUGUAAAAUAUAUUUUCUUAUGUUCUUUAAAUUAUACAAAUAAUGA